AUGCUGUCCAGACUGAGGAAGACCCGAAAACUUAGGGGCCACGUGAGCCACAACCAUGGCUGCAUUGUCAAACACCGGAAGCACCCAGGAGGUUGGGGUAAUGCUGGCGGCAUGCAUCACCACAAGAUCAACUUUGACAAAUUUCAUUUAGGUUACUUUGGGAAAGUGGGUAUGAGGCAUUAUCAUUUAAAGAAAUCAAAGUUUUGCCCAACUGUCAAUCUUGACAAACUGUGGACCUUGGUCAGUGAGCAGACACGGGUUAAUGCUGCCAAAAACAGGACUGGAGCAGCUCCUAUCAUUGAUGUAGUGGGAUUGGGCUACUACAAAGUUCUGGGGAAGGGAAAUCUCCCGAAUCAACCCGUCAUUGUAAAAGUCAAAUUCUUUAAGCAGAAAAGAGUUGAAGAGAUUAAGGGAGUGGGAGGGACAUGUGUCCUGAAAGGUGUCGUGCCCACCUCAAACCAGCAGAGGGGACUCAAGAACCACAUGCUUCGUUCAGCUCACUGGGCCCAGAAGGCACUAACUAUCUUUGAUUAUUUAGGGACCCAGGAGUCCCAGAAUCCGGAAGGGAAGAAGUAG